CCCAGCCUAUUGAGUCCGUAUAAGCUAAAUGCAGACAACAUUGGGCAAACAAUAGCAUUCAUAUUUCAUUUCAGGCUGCAUAAAUUAUAUGCUCAUUUUUUCUUCUCUUGUCUAGUUAUUUGUUGAUAGAUUUUAUAGUCAAAUCUGUCAGAUUUUUGAUAAAUGCGAUCUAGUAGACAGUUGUAGCACAAAUCUUAAAACACAAUUAAAAAUAUUGAAAUCUGACAGAUUUGGUACCAAAAAAAAAAAAACUGUCAACAGAUAAAUAGCAAAAGUCAAUAAAUUUAUGAACUCUAGACGACGUCAUCCCAGUCUUCUUUCUAUGCCAGAAAUUUCCAGGAAGCUUCGAAACAUCUUUACAGUUCAUAUCAGUCGACCCUUACAAAGAUAUCCAUCCUGAAUUUCUCCGAACGAUGGUGGCAUCUUCACACGAUCCUCUUUUAUUUCAGCAUGUUCGUCUUAUGUGGUCGACCAGCUGCUAUAAAUGGUUGAGAUCGCAGACGCCAGGAAACGUUCUUAUGAACCGCUCCACACUCUCUUCAAGUGUUCCGGGCAUCAUUUCUUAUGCACAUUUGCAAAUUAUUUAGGCACCAUUUCGAAACGAAGAAAUCUCGUAUAAUCAUAUAUAGUUUAGCACUGUUGUAGUGUAGGAUUUCUAGCGAAAUUCCAACUUGGUGACAUGUUGGCAAAGAUGGUCCUUAUAACAUGUUGGCAAAGAUGGUGAACCGUGACUUCCUCCUCUCGCUAGCGUCGUCUCUGCCGACGCUCGUCCUGCGCCCGCUGAUCGCCGACAGCGUCUCGGUUGCCGGCAAGAUCGUCGCGUCCGCUAGGGCGGCGCUAGAGUUCCUGGCGCGUGACGACACCGUCGUCAGCUGCUCCGUCCUCGACGACGACGAUCCUGCUCCGGGUUUGCAGCGUUCACCACACAGUGAAGAACCACCGGUGGUGCUGACCUGUGGCGACGCCGAGACCGUCACGUCGCGGCUGGGCCUACCCAGGUGGACGUGCAGCGGCGGCGGUGGCUCGUCGUCGGAGUGCCGAGCAUGCGGCGCCGCGGAGGUCGUCGCCGAGGUGAUGGCAGCGGGGGUGGUUGGCGGCGGGAGCGAGCGGGAGCUGGAGGAGGCGUUCCACGUGUUCGACCGCGGCGAGGACGGGUUCAUCUGCGCGGCGGAGCUGUGGGCCGUCAUGCGGAGGCUCGGGUUCCCAGAGGGCGCACGCUACGAGGACUGCCGGAGGAUGAUCCGUGCCUUUGAUGAUGACGGCGAUGGCAGGAUCAGCUUGCCGGAGUUUAGGAGGAUGAUGGAGAAUGCUGCCUGCUAGGUUCGCCGAUGUUGAGGAUGGUGGUGAGGUUUGGACAGGAUGGAUUUGGCCGCUGGGCUGGGACAAUGCAAAAUCUGAAUAGUACAAAUUAAUUGAAAAGAGCCAACAAUAGCUUUAAGUACUGUAAUACUAACAGCAUCUUAUUUCAGAGAUGUAGCAACGUAGGGUACUCCAGGAAAGUGUC